CUCUAGCAGGCCUUGGCUGACGUAUGGAUUGGACUGGGACUAAUCACACGUCCUUCCCGGCCGCCAAAGCGCUACGCCUAUCAUGCCACAUGCAAUCAAUCCAUCGAUUGCUUUUGUCACUGUUUCUAGUCAUGGCGUUGGCCUGGUAUUGAAAUCUCAUAUCAGGAUGAGGACCCGAAAUCGCUCUUUUCUCUGCCUUGCCUAGCUAACCGGGAUCUUACUGCUUAUAUAUCUACGACUCCCCCCCGAGUUCUGCCUGACAUAUACCCAGUCAAAUCGUACAUUUUGAAUCCCGCAGCCCCAGCAUAAGACACCCGGCAAACCAAACCACACAAAAUGUCCAACGUAUCGCAUGGUCGCGGCGGCGCCGCGAAUAUCGGUCCAGACGAAACGGCUUACACAGACGGCGAGAUCGUCCGCGAAGGACCCGUGGGUGAUCAAGGCGAUGGACCAUACUCUGCCGGAAGAGGGGGCGCCGGUAACAUCGAGACUGAUGGCGUUGCGACUGGAGAGGGACCCCACGACGCCGAUGUCGUGCCCGAGACGGCCGUCCGAGUCAGCAAGGAAGAAUCCCACCAUGUCGGACGUGGAGGAGCCGGCAACGAGAAACAUGUUAGCGAGAAGAAGCACGAGGGUCUAGCAGAUAAACUCAAGCAUCUGUUCAAGAAAUGAUGCCGCUGAGCAAAGGGUCGUGGCGCGUUUAAAGCAUAAUGAUGGACGAAGGCUUAAUAGAUAGAUGAUGAUACCCACAGAAGUCUUAAUAAUUUGAAUUAUUGCUAUGGUUUGAGUAUGGACUCGAGUGAUACUCCGUUCAAGGCUUAUUCUCAAGUGGUUCCGUUUUGAAUGGGACAUACAAGAUCUCGUCGUUGUUUUUAUCGUGAUUUGCGGACAACAACACUCGGUUCCGAGAAGGGCUCUCACCCCAUGGGUCGCACUUAUCAAUUAUUGAUGAUUCAGCAUCUUGAUCCACGUCCAACUGUGAUGGACCAUUCGAUGACAAAGUGGCAUGCCGUUACAAUCGUUGUAUCAGAGGUGUAGCACUGUGGUUACAUUGAAGCUGGAUACC